AUGGGGCCCGAGGACAGGGCCAAGAGCUGGGGCCAUGGCCCACACUGGAGCUGCCGGACAGCCGGUGGCAGCCCCGCACAGGGGCACCAUGGACCCCACUCUCUGUGUGGCUACAUCCUGGGCCAGGACACUGGCAGCGCCCUGUCCUGGGGAGGCCGGGACCACACGGACGGGCAGAUCCUGGGCCAGCUGCGCCCCCUGGCAGAGGAGGAGGAGGGGGCCGGGGCCGUGGCUGUCCCAUCUGCGAGGCCUGCCUUCCCCGGGAUGGGCUCCGAGGAGCUACAGCUGGCCUCCUUCUAUGACUGGCCGCUGACCGCCAUGGUGCGGCCUGAGCUGCUGGCUGCCGCCGGCUUCUUCCACACCGGCCAGCAGGACAAGAUGAGGUGCUUCUUCUGCCACGGGGGUCUGCAGAGCUGGGAGCAAGGGGACGACCCCUGGACCGAGCACGCCAAGUGGUUCCCCAGGUGUGAAUUCCUGCUCCAGACGAAAGGGAGGGACUUCGUCUGCAGCGUCCAGGAGUCUUGUUGUAACCAGGUCGGCUCCUGGCCUGCACUGUGGCCAUUGGGUGUGCCCCCAUGGGCCAGCAGGGAGAGCGAAGGCUGCUUGACCAGGCACGAGGGUGCUGCCUCGGCUUGCUUCAUGGGGGGCUGCAUGCAGGCACUGCGUGUGUGUCCAGGGCUCCGAGUGAGGCCGAAGCUGUCCCCUGCUACCACCGAGCAGGCCACCGAGGGCAUGGCCAAUCCUGGGCUGGGCAACGAGGGCGUGGAGAGCAGAGAUGCCAGGGACGGCCAGGAGUGGUCUGCGUGGAGCCAGUGCCCAGCGGUAUGGGCCGUGCUCCAAAUGGGCUUCAGGCGGAGCCAGGUGCAGCGGCUGGUGCUGCACAAGUACCGCUGGGCGGUGCCCACCAGCGUGUCCGCGUCCCAGCUGGUGGCCGACUUGCUCCAGGAAGAGGAAGGAGGCCAGGCGCUGGGGGCCAGAGGCCAAGAGUCUAUCCCUAACUGCCCACGACUCCCGUCCACCCGGGUCCUGACCUAUCCACGCCCAGAAGAGAGGUCCACCUGGGUGCUGGGGAGCCAGGUGAAGCCCACCUCCCCCAUCAGCCCAGUACAGCGUGUGGAGGUCAGGGUGUGGGAUGGUGUCACAAGCCCACUCCCUGUGGAGGACCAGGUGAAGCCCAGGCCCAGAGGGGGCCGGGGGGUUCUUGAGCCCCCAGGAGCCCAGAGUGUGGAGGAGCAGCUGCAGCGCCUGCAGGAGCAGCAGACGUGCAAGGUGUGCCUGGACCGCGCCGUAUCCAUCGUCUUUGUGCCCUGCGGCCACCUGGUCUGUGCAGAGUGUGCGCCCGUCCUGCAGCUAUGCCUCUGCAGGGCCCACAUCCGCAGCUGCGUGCGCACCUUCCUGUGCUAG